AAGAAGAGGUUGGUAAUACCAAGUCCAAGGUAUGCCACUCUCCUAACAGUCCGGUGCUCACACUCUGCCCUGACCAAGGGGAUCUGUGACACAUACAUGUGGGAGGAUGUGAUUUUUGGAGAGAAGGUGUGUGAGAAUUUCUGUGCAACAGCUGGCAAGCCAGGGAAUGCAGGGCAUAGUAAAAUACAUACAUUCCGGAGGGGGUUUGGCAACCAGAUGUGGAAGGAAAUUGCAUGCUCUGUGAUGUCAGCAGAGGAAGAAGAGGCAUUAGAUUACAUGAGUGGGACAGCCCACACCCUUCAUCUGAAGAAAGGAAAAGACAGAGAGAGAGAAAGAGACCCUGCAAGCAGCCCUGGCUGGGAUAAAGCAACAGGCUAAGGAAAAGAGGUGGCACUGCCUGUUCGCUUCUCAUCCUCCUUCCACUUUGAGACUAGGCCUCCAGUCUUUGUAAUGCCUCCUGCACCGGCAACCAGAAGUUCUUUGAGUGUCAACAGGGAUUACUUAAAAAGUCUGCCCGGGGUGCUGAGAGUCUUGCAGCUGGUCUUCGGAGCUGGAUUCUGGAUCACCAUUGCCUCUAUCCAUUAUGAGGGUGCCACACACUUUGCUUUGUUUGUAGUGGUUUUCUUCUGGCUCUUGACUCUGAUCAUCUAUUUCCUCACCCUGCUGGAUAAGCAGGAGCUGGUGCCCAUCAUUGGAGGAGACCGCUGGGUAUUAGCCAAUGCCAUCUACGAUCUUCUGGCGACUUUACUCCACAUUGCCACUGUGGGCAUCAUAAUCUCCAAGACUGAAUUCUAUUCCUUCUGCAAUGUGCCCACAUACUCCCAGUCUUGCCUGUACAAAGCUUACUUAGUGGCCACGCUCUUUGCCUGCUUGUGUUGCCUCUUCUAUUUCAUCUCCACCAUCUACUUCUGUUACAAGAAAUGCAAAGGUGCAUAGAAAUCUCCUUCACUGACUGUGCUGGUACCAAACUCAUGGAGAACAUAUUACUUCUUAGGCUUUGUGUGAAGUAAAGGUAUGGGACCUGCUAUCCAGAAUGCUCGGGACCUGGGGUUUUCCGGACAAGGGCUCUUUCCAUAACAUGGAUCUCCAUACCUAACGUCUACUUAAAAAUCAUUUAUGCAUUAAGUAAAGCAGGAAUGUUUUGCCCAAAUAAGGAUUAAUUAUAUCUCAGUUGGGAUCAAGUAUAAGGCACUCUUUUAUUAUUACAGAGAA